AUGGAUGGAUUCUCCUCUGCAGCCAGCGUCCUUGGGGUCAUUCAACUCGCGGGGUGCGUUGCCACAAUUUGUGGGGGCUACAUCCUUGAAGUAAAGGAUGCUAGAGAGGAAAUCUUGGCUCUCCAAAAGUCAGCAUCGAGCCUUGAAAAGACUCUUCAAGAACUGAAAAGCCUCUCUGAAAGUUCAGACCGCCUGCAGAUCUCCCAGUCUGAUGUGUUGAAGAGGGACAUAAAGAACUGCUCAUCGACUCUUACGGGCCUGAUGAAGAAAAUAGAUACAGGGCGGAGGCACAAAGCCAUGCGAAGAUUGGGCUUUCGGUCCCUCACCUGGCCUCUCAAGCGGGUAGAGAUGGAAAACAUUAUCGCCAAUCUUGAGAGAUACAAAUCCUCCUUCGCUAUAUCUUUGCUGAUUGAUCAAACGAGAAGCAUUUCAAGUAUAAGCAAGACAACUGUCCGAAUCGACCGCAAUUGGGAUCUAAAUCAGCUACCGGUUGCGCAUGGGGCCGAGUUCGACUCAUACAACCAUCAGCAUGAAGAUUGCUGCCUUCUGGGAACUCGGACAGAUCUCCUCCGUCAGAUUGCGGAAUGGGCUGCAUCACCAAACGGAAAGUGCAUUUUCUGGUUAAAUGGCAGAGCAGGGACUGGUAAAUCUACCAUCUCGCGGACAGUAGCAAGGAAUUUGAAAGAUAAAAACUUACUGGGUGCGACAUUCUUCUUCAAAAGGGGUGAAGGGGACCGAGGAACCACUGUUAAGCUCUUUCCGACUAUUGCUAGGCAAUUAGCAAUUCGCAUCCCCCGAAUAGCCCCUGUGAUCCAGGAGGCGAUUCGCGAUAAUCCGGAUAUUGCGACGAAGGCGCUAGCGGAGCAGUUUGAUAAAAUUCUUCUUCAGCCCCUUCUAACUUAUAAGCCACCUAGUUCACCUGACCCACCAAUCUCAUUGGUAGUCAUAGUCAUUGAUGCACUAGACGAGUGUGAGGUAGAUAACGACAUGCGGCUCGUCCUUCGAUUGCUACCCUGCUUAAAGGAGUUACGCUCUUUACGUUUGCGUGUCUUUUUGACUAGCAGGCCCGAAUUGUCGAUUCGUCUCGGUUUCUCCGACAUGAAUGCCUACGACUAUCAAGAUUAUGUUCUACACAAAGUCCCGGAGACAACAAUCCAGAGCGAUAUUUCCUUGUUUCUGAAUUAUCGAAUAUCGAGAAUCAGAAAAGAUCGUUUCCUUUCUCAGGAUUGGCCUGGAAGUGAAAAAAUUCAGAGUCUCGUGGCGUUAUCUGUCCCACUUUUCAUUUACGCUGCCACGAUAUGUCGUAUACUUGAGGACCCUUAUUGGGAUCCAGAAGAAAGCAUGGAUGAGAUCCUUUCCUACCGCAAUGACGGAUCUGCAUUGGAUGUAUCCAAAUUGGAUGGUACUUAUCUUCCUGUAUUAAACAGGCUCCUCACCAAUCAAGGUGAGAAGGAAAGGAAGCGGAUCGUCAGCGAAUUUCAGCAAGUGGUCGGCACUAUUGUGACGCUAAAGACCCCCUUGUCGAUUUUAACAUUGUCAAGGCUUAUUGGUGUUCCAAAAGGUCGGAUCUCCUCAAGAUUAAAUGCUCUCCACUCUGUUCUCAGUGUGUCAGAUAAUGAGUCUUUGCCUGUACGACUCUUCCAUCUCUCAUUUCGUGACUUUCUACUGGAUCCGGAGUUACGCCAAAAGACACCAUUCUGGGUCGAUGAGGCAAAAGCACACCGGAAAGUGGCAGCUCGAUGUCUUCUUGUUUGUCAUAAUUACCUCAAGAGGAAUAUGUGUGGGCUUUUGAGUGAUGGAACCCAACGUGCCGAGGUUGACCCCGAAACUAUUGAGCGACACUUUCCCCCGGAACUCAAAUAUGCCUGUCAAUAUUGGAUCCAUCAUCUGGUACGGUGCGCGACACAAAACCAGGGCCCUCUGAUAGAAGAUGUGUUUUUGUUCCUCCAGAGCCAUUUUCUGCACUGGCUAGAAGCAAUGAGCCUACUUGGUCUCGUGCAUGAAACGGUUGAGUCUAUCAGUCAUCUGCAGAGUAUAUCAACGUCUGAACAAGGUUCCCCAAUGUUCGAUUUUCUGCAUGAUGCAAAACGCUUUAUCAUGAACAACCAUCAGAUAGCCGCCAAGGCACCGCUGCAGAUUUAUUGUGCGGGGCUUGUAUUCGCGCCGGAGAAAUCAAUCAUUCGCAAACGCUUUGCCAGUGAUCUCCCUAAUUGGCCUUCUCAGUUGCCGCGGGUUGAGGUAAACUGGAGCCCGGAGCUUCAGGCUUUGGAAGGACAUUUUGAUAUCAUAAAUUCGGUGGCAUUUUCUCCCGACGGGAAAGUCCUAGCGUCUGGCUCCCCUGACAAGACAAUUCGGCUCUGGAACACAAACACGGGCGUGUUAUAUCAAACUCUGGAAGGCCAUUUAGAAACCGUUACUUCUGUGGUGUUCUCGCCGGAUGGCCGACAUGUAGCGUCCAGUUCUACAGACCACACAGUGCGGCUCUGGGAUACAGCUACUGGCGCUUUAUAUCGGAUACUGGAGGGUUGUCAAACAGGGGUUCUGGCGGUAGCAUUCUCGCCUAAUGGUCAAUUACUCGCGUCCGGUCAUUAUAAUAGCAGAAUUGAGUUAUGGGAGACUGGAACUGGCACGCGACUGCAAACUCUUGCGGGCCCGACUGAAACUGGUCGGAUUUCUUCCGUGGCGUUUUCUCCAGAUGGACUGCUGCUAGCAUCUGGCAACGCCAAUGGCAUAGUUUGUCUGUGGGAAAUGGCAACCGGUACGGUACAGCGGACGAUUGCAGGGUUUGUGAAGUCUGUUACUUCCGUGGCAUUCUCACCCGACGGACGUCUCCUCGCAUUCGGCUCUAGUGGAGGUGGUAUUCGCCUUUGGGGUAUGGCAAGAGGUGCGAUACACCGCACCUUCGAGGCUGAUCCGGGAGAAAAUGACGUUAAUUCAGUGGCUUUCUCACACGAUAGCCAAUUAUUAUCAUCCAGCUCGAGUGACAAAAAGUUGCGCAUCUGGAAUUCAGCAUCAGGGACUUUGCAGAGUACCAUGGAAUGCUGUUCAAGGCAGAUAUAUGCCGUUGCUUUCUCUCCUAAUGGCCAGCUGUUAGCAUCUGGCUGCAGUGACAAGGCCGUCCGAAUCUGGGAUGUCGCGGCCGGUCUACGACAACAACAAAGACGACAAGACAUUUUAGAUUCCGUCCAAUCAGUCAAAUUUUCGGUUGAUGGCCGGCUUCUCGCAUCGAUAUCUGGACAGAAUAAGAAUGUUCGGCUUUGGAAUACGGCAACCGGUGCUUUGGAACACACUCUUUGGCAUAGACACCCGGUUUUGGGAAUAGAAUUCUCGCAUGAUGGCCAGGUUCUAGCAUCCAGUUCUAGCCAAAACAAUAGAAUUCGACUUUGGGACACGGCGAUGGGCACACUGCAGAAGUCUCUUCACCAUACAUCCCCAGUUUUGCAGCUGGAAUUCUCUCCGGAUGGCCAGUUACUUAUGUCCCUUUCCGACGGCCCCGAUGGCACCACAGUUCAGCUCUGGAAUAUCGUAAAUGGAUCAAGGUACCGGAAAUUUGAUCAUUCAUCUCCAGUUGUCACAGCAAAGUUUUCGCCUGACGGCAAAUCACUGGCGUGCGGCUAUGAUGAUACAGUUGUGCUCCGGGACAUUGCUACAGGUGUGCCCUAUCACACUUUAAAGGGCGAUUCUUAUUUAGUUAGAACGGUGAAAUUCUCAUCUGACGGCAAGCUACUCGUGUGCAGUUACUCUGGUUAUGAGAAGAUUUUGAUUUGGAGUGUAAUUACGGGUGCGAGAGAGCAGAUUUGGAGAGUCGAUGACAUCAAAGAUCGGGAUAUCGAUGGAGUUGAUGGAUUGGACUUUUCCGAGAACGGUUGUUUUCUAACCAGUUAUAUGGGAAAUUUCUUUCCUCGGUCAAGGCCUGCUAGUUGUCACACUAGUCUUUCAGCGAGAAAACGGGAAGUGUCCUUACAAAACGGAGAGUGGAUAGCUUUCGAUGGUGAAAAGGUGAUCUGGCUUCCUCCUAGGUUUCGGCCAACCUGUUCAGCGAUGCAUGAUCGUGUAUUAGCGCUAGGUCAUGCAUCAGGGAGGGUUACUUUCAUAGGAACUUGA